AUGGAGAACGAUCAGCGGACGAGUUCUUCAUCUUCCGGCGCCGACCCUGUCAGCCGCAUCCACCGCGGCGGUGAUGCGCUGCCGUCGUCGCUGCCUUACGUCCCGCAGCCCGCGGCCGACUGGCAGCUCUGGGGAGAGGACUCCCUCAUCGAGCAGAUGACCACCAUGAACAUCGGCGGCGCACGCGGCAAUUCCAGCGUCAUCGGGGAUCGACGUCCCGAGCAGAGGCUGACUCGGGCAACUUCGGCGCCGGAGCCAGCACCGUUAAUUUCGCCGCAAUGGUCGUCGUCGUCGUCGUCGUCGUCAUUGGGAAAUCCCCACCGAGGUGAGCUUUUUGAACCCUUCCCCCUUGGUAACGGCGGCGCGAGCAUCGAUCGCCGAGGUCCACCUUUCGAUUUCCCCGGGCCACCGCAAUCGGCCGAUCGAAGUAGGGUUUUGGGUUUCUCGAAUCCGCCCAAUGCCGUCGCCGCCGCCGCCGAUUUCACCCUCAAUCCGCGCUCUCUAUCCCUAGGACACGAUCCACUUUGGCGCCUGGGCCGAGGCAAACAGAUUCGUACUUCCCACGCACUGCACCUCUGUAACCAAGAACUCCUCCUGUCGACGAUUAUCCCCAUGAAUCCCAAUUCGGAGGCCGCAAGGAGGUGCAUUUACUGCACCGCCAAGGACCGGCAGGGAUGCCAGAUCCUGCUGCAGAUGAUCACCGCCGGAAACUCUCGUAUUGUGCACGUCAUCUUCGGCGGGGUCAUCAACCAUGUCCCCGAGCUUAUGAGGAACCCUGUCGCGCAUCAACUCCUGCAGACAUUGCUCGACGUCUGCACCGAAGAACACAGAUUGAACUUCCUCUUGACACUGUCUGCCGAUCGGAGGCAGCUGUUCAAGGUCUCCUUGCAUCCUCAUGGGACAAGAGUGGUGCAGAAGUUAAUCGAGACGGUCAAGACCGUCGCGCAAAUUCAGUUGGUGAUCACUGCUUUCGAAUCAGUCUUUCUCGAGCUUGCUAAAGAUUCAAACGGCAACCGUGUGAUCCAUAGUUUGUUGACAUGCCUUCCACCUGCAUACAAAGAGUUUAUUUUCAGUGCUACGGCUAGACAUUGUGUUCUAAUGGCGAUGCAUCAACAUGGAUGUUGCCUUUUGCAACGCUGUCUAGAACACUCCGGUGGAGCACACAGAGUAAAUAUUACCAUGCAAAUAGUUGAUCAUGCCUUCUCCCUUGCACUAGAUCCCUUUGGCAAUUAUGCGAUUCAGUACGUCCUGAAGAAAAGAUCACCCAUCGUAAAUUCACGACUGGUAUCGCAAUUUUCAGGAUAUUACAUAACACUGUCGACGCAGAAGUUUAGCAGUAAUGUGGUGGAGAAAUGCUUGGAGUGCUUUGAAGAAGAAGGCCAGGCCGGAAUUGUACAGGAAUUGCUAUCGGUGCCGCGGUUUGAAGAGCUACUCCAAGAUCAAUAUGCAAAUUAUGUCAUCAAAGCCGCGCUUAACCACACACAGGGAUAUCUCCGAGCUGAACUUGAAGCUGCAAUUCUGCCUCACAUUGCGCUUCGAAACCACCCACACUGUAAAAGGAUCUUCUCUAUCGUUCUCGGAAAGCAUUAA